GCAAAUAAGCAACCUGAUUGACUGCAUCACGAACUAGCGGGCGAUUUUUGUUUGUUGCAAGUUUGGUAAGUUGCUGAACUUCUUAUUUUACACACAUUUAUCCGUGCUCGAUUGCGUAACAUGGGCUUGUACCCGCAUCAACGUUUGUCUUCUGCCACAAUCUUUUAUAAAGCCACAUAAAUUUAGGUUCGCUUCAGUUCCAUGCUCGGUAUUCGCUUAUCAAUCAGUCUCACACCCACAGCAGCAGAUCCUCUCGAUCUAUAUUCAACAGAGACGCAUUGUCCCGAUGAGCACUACGCAAAACGAAUGGAAAUCCUUUUUGCUGGUCUUACCGAUUGGUUCGCACUUUCUCUUAUCCCCUCUCCUCAUUCGAUCGUUGGAUUUGGUCUGUGCCAGCAGGCGAACAACUCGCCCCUCAAUUUCAAGGUCAGCAGUCGCACGAGCAGCGGAACUGGUUGGCUAACUCAUUAGAAAUUACUACUGCUGCUGCUUUCCAGCUCUCAGGCCCUUGUCGCUAGUGGCGCUACUGUUACGGUUUUUGCAAUUCGUCUGCCCGUCCAGUUGUUCGUAACAACGGUGAAUAGUCGAACGCGUAUGACAAACGUCAACCAGCAACACGUCGUCUGAAAGCGUCGCUCAGCACCGUACUAUGACGAUAAUCUUACGAGCGCAUCAGCCCGCAGAGUGAAGUUCAACAAAGCGGCGCUGUAGCUAUAGUACGCACGUGCGUGCAUGUGUGUGUGUGUGUGUGUGUGUGUGUAUCAGCGGCACAGAUUAUGCUACUUUGGAAAUGGUGUUAUUAUUAUGCUAUAUUAUUGAACAUCGUCGGUGGCCGCCGCCCCGCGUCGAUGAACACGAUACUCAGUAGUUGUUGAGCAGUCACAGCAGUUUGCACAGAGUCGCCAGCGUCUUUGACGCGCUAGACAAGUGUAAGGCCUCUAUUGUUGUAUAUCUGUGGUGUCAUGCUGCUGUGACAGGCGAGCGAUACGAGUGACAUGCCCGAAACCAACGGAGACUUACCACAGAGCAGUGAUAGUCGCGUCAACGUUAGCGAGCAGUCGCUAGCGCUUCUGCCGGUACAGCCGUCGAUCCGCUCACGACUACGUUACUACUUAGUGCUGCUUUUACCACUACCACUAUUACUGAGGACUCAAUAGCAGAGAGGAGUUAAUCGGCGCCGCACCUUAAAGGGGCAAAGAGUGUUACAUGCAGCUGUAGCAGUUUCUGCCCCUAUUUUCUCUACGGCUGUGGGUUGAGUCGUUAAGGGAAAAAUCAGCCUCUAUUUUUCUGACAUAUUCGAAAACGAAACCAAAGGGGGCACAACGUCGAAGCCGAUGUUCGUCUGCUAAAUCGGACUAUAAAUCAGUGAUCGUGGCCGAAUAUGAAGAGAGUAAAAGAGCAUCUCAGAAGUGACUAAUCGGCUACGUCACACACACACACAGACACGGCUCACUAUUGCCACCGCUGAUUACAAUUACCGCCGACGAUUGGUGCGCGUCAACUUUACGUGCGUCGAACGAACUGCGCGGUUCUGCGCAAUAAUAAUCUACUGGCAGCUGCAUGUAAAAAAAACCAACAUCAUUACAGAUUCAAUGCGGUUCUCUCGUUAGAGAGUAGAGGAUGGAUGCAAGUCUGCAGAAGUAAACGUUUUCACCGGUGGUUUACAACUCAUCAACCAGAAAAUCGCUACUUCCGUCACUAUCUGUCCAUUGUUGUCGCCCAGAUAACCCGUACGAUAGCACUGGAAGGGGAGAGACUUGUUAUAAUUUACAGACAUCGUAAGUUAGUGUAAAAGUACACGGACGCAUUAACGACGGUAAACAGCUAAUCGUCAACUUAUAAUUUGCUAUCAUAUCACUGGCUUCUUUCAUCGAUGCGCGAUACGACUAUGCACUCACUGCAGCUCCAUGCAAGAAGAAUUGCUGACACUAAAUACAAUGACUGGUGUCAUUUACCAUCCAUUGAAGAAAUGCAAUUAAGAUACCGGCACAGACCAUAAAGGAACUCUGAAGAAACCAGAAGUGGGGAAAAGGUGAUUUAAGGACUAUUGUUGUUGCUAUCACUGUUGGGGCAAAACCCUUCGAUCGACAAUCGGCAACAGUCUGGCUUCGUCGGCAACCAGCGCUCAGGACAGCGUUUUCGACAGGCGUUGCCUGCCCGCUUGCGCUUGGUAAUCUCAUGUCUGCGACACAUUAUGCGCGAGUAAAGCUGCACCUGGAAGGCGUACGUGGUGAGGCGUUGUUUGGCGCACAUGAGGCCAGCUGCUGCACUCGAAUUGAGAACGCAACAAGGGACAAACGUUUGUAGAAAAGUUAAAGCACUUGAUUCAAUCGUUUGAAUAGCCUGCCACACUAGGGAACCGCUUACCAGCAGCAUGCACAAGCAUCUUCCUGACAGCUUCAAGCUAAACUGUUCCGGCCACUAUCAUCAUCUGUGCUUCCGUGGGCGCUCUUCUUGUCAGCCAUCUUGAUGGCUGUUCUGGCUUUACUUUAUAAGAAGAAAGAGCCCUUAUGGGCUUUGGCCAGCGACAUCAUACAAAACGCGUUCCAUGGACGACGACACCACUAUCCUGAUAUGGAGAUGCCAAGACUUGCGAACUUCAAACCUGCCGACCCUCAAGACGCUCGCCGAUUCUGCCAGGAGUUCGAAGAGAAAAAAAAGGAUUCGUAUCACCAGUUGGCUAUAGAGUUUCACAAAAUCAAGACAGACACCCAACAGUACUUGAACAACCGGAAUACGACAUUUGGUUUGCAGGCUGACGUUCGACAUAAAAAUCGAUAUAGAGAUGUGGUUCCAUAUGAUCACAAUCGCGUGCGCCUAGCGUCAUCGCCUGGUAACGAGGUCUUGGCGUAUAUCAACGCUUCAAACAUUAAGAAUCCGAAAGGUGAAGUAAGCUUCAUUGCGACUCAGGGACCCACCAAGGAAACAUACGAAGAUUUUUUUUGCAUGCUCAUCGAGAAAGGCGUCAAAAUCGUCGUUACUAUAAUCUCAUCCAUAAAUAUCGAGGAGGGAAUGCAAAAACGUCAGUGUUACCAGUACUGGCCUCGGGCAGUUGGAGCUUCCGAACCUCAAGGUCGCUUCCUCGUCCACCUGGAGGCAGAAUUUCGACGGAGUUCUUUCGUCAAUCGUAUGCUAAAAAUUAUAGGUCCGACCGGUACGACGCACCGGUUCAACCAACUGCAUUACUUCGAAUGGAAGGACCACCGAAUACCGAAUAAUCCCGACGAUCUGAUUUCAUUCCUAUCAGUAUUUAGGAGGGCCAGAGAACCAGGCACUAUUCCUGUGGUGCACUGCAGCGCCGGAGUUGGUCGGACUGGAACUUUUAUCGCUUUGGACUUUUUGAUGGAUUCGUUGCAAGCAGGUGUCAGGAUUGACGUAGCUGAAAUGGUUAAAUACCUUCGAAGCCAAAGAAUGCUUAUGGUUCAAACAGAGGAGCAGUACAUCUUCCUAUACGAAUGCUUAAAUACGUUGUUGCGACGACAACAACAACAACAGCAGUCGAAUCAUCACACGAAUAACAGUAAUAAUCAUCGGACGAGCGCAGGCAAUAAUAUUCAUAAGAGCAGCGGUCACGCAAGCAGCAAUGGCUCGUCAGCAAUAUCAGUCCAGAUGAUAUGAAUAAAUGGUUGGCCCCAUCUAAGUCAGUGUGGCCAUGUACUUGUGUCGCUCACACAGCUCCCUGAAAAACGCCCUCUGGUGACAACACAAAUUCUUGAUGCUCUUUCUGUUAUGUACAUGUAUGGUGUAGUAUCUACACAACAUAUACACAUGUUACAUGUAUUUAUUAAUUAUACUAAUUUUAUUUUGCAACAUCACCAUAAACCUGAGAAACGUAGUCUUUUAUCAAUAAUAAUAGCAAGAUAGAUUAUCAGUGCUUUUCUAAGGAAGUAUUGUUGGUGACGUGAAUUUUGAAAAAUAUAAUUAUUAAACAGAUUUAUGUAAAAGAAUGUAAUGUAAAUCUGACGCGAACGUGUCUAAGAUGAUGAGCACGGACAAUACUGCAUAUGUAGAUCGUACACGAAAUGCAUAUCUCAAUAAAUAAAAACAAGGCAUGAUGUGCAAGACUAUGUACAUAGCUAUCUCUCAUUUUUAUUAUUACAUUUUUCGUUAAUAAUAAUAUGAAUAUCUAUAUCCCUAUUAUCGUCUUCAUCAUCCGUACACAUCUUCCUGUGUUGUCUUUUGUGAUUUUGCUUGCUACAUUCUUUCUGCCUAUUAUCCGAGCAUUAUUAGAUUUCUAUUAUAUAUAAUACAGAAAGUACAUAUGUAUCGUCAUUUCCUGUCAUCGGUUUAUUAAUUUGUUAACGGCUGAACCCGAUAAGGUCAUCGUGAUGUACAACAAUUUCGUUUAAGACAUCGACAAACCAAUCUUGGGCGAUCUGUUCCUCGAGUUCAACAUCCAGGUGCAAACCAUAAGAGAAAUAGAAAAAAUCAAUCGAAAAUUAAGUUGUCAAGACUUAUUGGGCCUUCCUUGAAACUCAAAAAUCAUGAGACUUAAACCCAGUAACUGUUUGCUUUAACACGAACCCGUUAAGAAUAUGAUGAAAAAGGAUUCACUCACUCCGCACAACAUAAAUGCGAAAUAAUAUCACAAUCACAAUGUUUGCGUCGUUAACCACUCGGCGAAUAAACGAGCCAGCAAGAUAAUAAGUAAACAACGAGAACGACCUUGAGAGAACUUGCCAUAUGAAAAAAAGCUCCACUAAU